CCGUAAAUCAUUCCCUCACGUCAUUGUGGAAUGUGGUUUUGCAAGGAGUGUGAGGCACUGGUUACAUAGGAUAUUGUUGUUAUAUAAGCGUAUGUAAGAACGCGUGAUUUAUUUCAAGAUUCUUACGUAACUCACAUCGAUGAACAUUAAUUAAUAACUAAUAUUGACCGGUUCGUCCACUUUCAUUUGUGGAAAUAUUGUGACAGCGAUUCUUUCGAGUUACUCUUGGACACGUGUAUACAUAUAACAUUUACUAUGGUCUCAGCAUGGGAAGAUUUCUAUGCCAAGCAUCCACCUCCUCAAGACUUGGCACAGAAUGAAAGUGCGUUAAAGAAAUUUACCAAAAAGCACUUAGAAGAAGGUGUCAAAGUAGUUCUAGUAACGAGUGGAGGUACAACGAUACCUUUGGAGCACAAUACAGUCAGAUUUGUGGAUAACUUCAGUGCAGGCACACGGGGAUCUCUCUCUGCAGAAUAUUUCUUGGAGCAUGGAUACGCAGUUAUUUUUAUGUACAGGAUAAAGUCCUUGGAACCAUUUUCUAGGCAUUUUGUGGGUCAGAAGUUUUUAGACAUGCUUCAAAUAUCAGAGGAUGAUGAGAAUCCUGUUAUUACGGUGUUACCUGAACAUACAGAAAAAGUGGCGACGGUGUUGCAAAAAUAUAAAGAAGCAUUGAAUCAGAAGAAAUUGUUGCAGCUCAGCUUUACGACUCUUUCCGAGUAUCUUUGGCUGCUACGAUCCGCCUGCCAAGCAUUAGCACCUCUGGGGAACAAAGCUAUUCUAUAUUUAGCAGCAGCAGUCUCAGAUUUUUACAUUCCUUCGAAUGAGAUGUCGGUCCAUAAAAUAUCCUCCAGCGGACCACCGACUAUCCAGCUUCAACUGGUACCAAAGAUCUUGGUUCCAUUAGUUAGUUUAUGGGUGCCGCAAGCUUUCGUGGUGUCAUUUAAAUUGGAAACCGACGAGACCGUGCUGAUUUCCAAAGCGAGAACUGCUUUGAAUAAAUAUCACCACAAUACAAAAAGAUAUUCCCACAAGAUGAUGUUUGUGAACGAUUCAGCACAUUUACAAAAAUGGACGGACAUUCUUCUUUUGCCGAAACAACCAAUAAAUAGUCACAAUGUUAAUUUGACACGGAACUUUUUAACUUCCUUUUUUCGCCUUGUUAUUGUUAAUUUUAUGAUUAUUUACUGAUUGAGUAAAAGUGUUCGUUUAUUUUUGCAAGUGUAUAUAAUCGUUUACCAAAUGUCAUUUUGCGGACAUAAAUAUCUUUUAAAACAGGACUUCGGGAUCCUUUUGAAACAUCCACGCGUCACUAAAAGUGAUUACCAACAAACUCUGAUGGAUCUAAUCAACAAUUUGAAAUUGUCGUCAGUCAAAUCUUACCUGCUCUGUCUUAUCGAUGCGGAAUAGAAAUUAAAUUAUCGAUUAUUUGUCGAACGACAAAUUGCAGAACUGGAAAAAGUAGCGUUAGCAAUUUCUAUUAUUAUUCGUCGAUCAGUUUUUAAUUAGAGUUUGGUGAAAAUCGCUCGAAGUUUCUCCUCGAAUCUUUCAGAACGCGUUUGCCAAUUUUCGAAAUGGAAAUCUG